AUGACCGGCACCACUGGCAUCAAGGCCAAGCGCGCCCACGCCGACGCUACCCGCCAUACCUGGUCUCGCCUCCAGAACGACGCUCACCCGGGCGAGUCGGCUAUCCAGCUCGACGGCGAGAGCCUCACCCUCGCUCAGCUCGUGGCCGUGGCCAAAUACGGCGCGGUGCCAACCUUGUCGCCGGAUCCGGCCAUUGUCCAAAGAAUCGAGACUAGCGUUCAGAUGCUUGCGAAACACUUGAAUCGCGGUGACCUUGUGUACGGUGUCAACACUGGCUAUGGCGGAAGCGCAGACACUCGUACCGACAAUCUCGCGUUCCUUCAGCAGGCAUUGGUCCAACAUCAGCAGAGCGGCAUACUCACCCGAAAUGAUACGGGCAAGCCUUAUCUUCCCGAGUCGAGUCCUGGCUCUCUUCAGCACUCUGAUGACUUUGGCACUCUUUCGAUGCCCAGUUCUUGGGUCAAGGGCAUAAUGCUCCAGCGCGUCAAUAGCCUCAUCAGAGGACACUCGGCCGUCUCAUUACCGGUCAUUGAGCUGAUCAUGACAUUCCUACAACACGACAUUACCCCGGUCAUCCCUCUGCGCGGAAGCAUCUCGGCAUCUGGAGAUUUGUCGCCCAUGUCCUACGUCGCCGGCGCCCUGGAAGGCAACUCUGACAUAUUCGUCCGCGUCGGCAAUCCCCCUGUCAUCAAGACGGCGAAGGAAGCGCUUCAGUCGUUCGGUUUCCGGCCAGUGGUGCUUGCGGCCAAGGAGGGCCUUGGUCUCUUGAACGGAACGGCCGCUUCAGCGUCGGCUGCUUCGCUGGCCAUUCACGAAACCAACCAGUUGGCCGUGUUAACCCAGGCUCUGACCGCCAUGGGCGUCGAAGCUCUUUGCGGAACUGCAGAGUCGUUUAGUCCGUUCAUUGCAAAGAUCAGACCUCACAGGGGCCAGGUUGAAGUGGCUGCGAAUAUUCUUGGUUUUCUCCGUGGAGCGCGUCUGGCGCACGGAUUGGAAGGACCCAAGGACAUGCAUGUGUCGGGGCUUUGCCAGGACCGUUAUCCCUUACGUACAUCUUCACAGUGGAUUGGGCCUCAGCUGGAAGACCUCAUGCUCGCCACGGAGCAGGUCAGCACGGAGCUCAACUCGACGACGGACAACCCGCUCAUGGACGUGGCGAGCGAUCUCAUUCACCACGGCGGCAACUUCCAGGCCGCUUCUAUCACGUCGGCGAUGGAGAAGACGCGCACGGCCAUCCAGAUGUUCGGCAAGCUCAUCUUCGCGCAGGGCACCGAGCUGAUCAACAGCAUGCUCAACAAGGGGCUGCCGCCCAACCUGGCGGCCGACGACCCCAGCCUCAGCUUCACGUGCAAGGGCAUCGACAUCAACCUGGCGGCGUACAUGUCGGAGCUGGGCUACCUGGCCAACCCGGUCAGCAGCCACGUGCAGAGCGCGGAGCUGCACAACCAGGCGGUCAACUCGCUGGCGCUGAUAUCGGCGCGCUACACGCUGCAGGCGGUCGAGGUGCUGAACCAGAUGUGCGCCGCGUAUUUGUUUUGUUUGUGCCAAGCGCUGGACCUGCGCGUGCUGCAGGCCGAGUUCUUGGCCCAAGCGUACAAGGAGGUGCGGCAGGCGACGGUGAACCAGCUGGGUGUGCAGACGCCCGAGUCGAUGGAGUACGACAACGACGGCGAGGCCAAUGCCAGCGGCGCGCCUCCAGCUGUCGCCUCGGUCGAAGCAAAUCUGCACGAGGAGUAUGCGCCGCGCCGCGCCGGCCGCGUCUUCGACGACGUGUGGGCGGUGCUGAAGAACACGUGGAACGCGUCGGGGUCGAUGGAUCUGGACGCGCGGGCCGAGAAGACGGCGCAAGCCGCGGCGCAGGCCUUUUACUGGAGUCUGCAGGGGCGGGUCGAGUACGCCGACGUGUGCGCCUACGCCGCCACGGUGCGCGGCAUCCUGGCCUCGGGGUACGCGGGCACGCGCGCGCGCCUGUUCGCCGAGCACCGGGCUGUCACGCCGCUGUAUCUGGGCCAGGCCAGCCGGAAGCUCUAUCUUGCCGUCCGUGGCGAGCUGGGCGUGCCGUUCCAUCGGGGCUUGGUCGAGUACCCGGGGCAGCCGGUGUGGGAAGACAUGCCGACGAAGCCGUCAUUGCCGGCGGACCAGCGUCGCACGAUUGGGGGGCAGGUGAGCGUGAUUUAUGAGGGUUUGAGGGAUGGGGUACUGCAUCGGGCUGUUAUGGAGGCUUUGGGGGAGAAUGAGGGUGCUGGGGUUGCGAAGGAGGGGGCGGGGUUGUAG